CCUCUCCGCUCACCGCAGCACUUUCGAUUUCGCAGCCCCGCGCCUGAUAAAUCGGGGCUGCGAGAGGUUUCCAGCGAGUCGGGGCCGCCGCCUGCCCGCGGUAGCAAGCAGAGGGGCAGCAGCUGCCCUCGCCGGCUCAGAGGGGAGGGACUCCCCCGCCCCGAGCCCAUGAAGGAUCCUUCGGAUUUGGGAUCACGGUCAACCGGCCACGAUUCUUGCUCCUCUGGCUGAGAAGCCACAGAUGACACGCGAAGACCAGCAGAUGACCCAGGAAAAGUUUAGAAACUCAGAAAUGCAUAAAAUCUCCCCCUCUUUUUAGAGGGGCAAUCCUCAGCAUGCUGGCCAUCUAUCAAGCUGCGAGGAGAUGAUUCGGUAUCAUGGGAUCCCAGAUGCUUCUGUGGUCUCCCUCCUUCUGCUCUUGUGUUUCACCCACUCUGGGUUCGGCGAAAACUGCAUCUUUACGGAAGAACUUCUACCUACAACUUCUAUUUCGAGUACCAUCAAAAAACUGAAAGGACUCUUGCUCUUGGAUUACCCUGUGUCGCUGCCCUCCAACCUGAAAUCAGAUGAGCUGUGUUUCGAACUCUGGCAACUUCAUUUCAUCUCCAGGGAGCUAAACCGCAUGCUUCAGGUGGCUGGGUCUGAACUCCGUAAAAACAUCUCCGAGUUAGAAACGCGGAUGAAUUUGGAGGACUUGUUCGAAGACUGUAAAAUAGAAAGUGAUUGCGUGGACUUUGAGAGGUCAAACAUCUCCGUGUUCUUCGAUUCCAUUCCUAAAAUCUUCAGAGCAGUGAGAGACAAAAUGGAAGAUCUUCCCAAAGACUUCAGCAGUUGCACCCCUAUCAGGUGCCAACCAGAUUCUCUUAGCACUCCGUACGUCAGCUACUCUUCUCAAAUGCUGAACACCAUCGAGGCGUCCAAAGCAGCCAACCACCAAAGACACCACUGGCUUCUGAUUCCGAUUUCAUUGUUGGUCUAUCUUUUCAUCAGCGUGAAAUGUUCAAGCCGGAGCACAUUCCAGCCACAGCCGCUUCAAGUAUGAGCGAAUUGAAGGGAUGAUCUGGUCCCAAAGUUGAGAAGGACAACGUCCUUCCAGUUAUGCACCUUCAACAGCAAGUUGCUUCCUGCUCUUCCUGUCCUUGCUGCUGGAUUGAAUUUGCAGACUUCAGAGACCACAUUUUGAGGAUUUCCAUUUUAAAAAUCCCUCCUGUGGGCAUGUUUUCCUAGGUGGGACAAUUCUACAGUCGUCCUUUUCAUUUUUUUACUAUCAGACAGUUGAAAUUCAGCAGAAUUCUUCCUGUUGGAACUCCGCUUUUGUGCGUGUACGUGUUUGUGUUCACGCGUGGGUGCACGCGUUAAGUGAUGUAAAAAUGGUAUAAACUAUUUAAAAGUGUAAAAAUGCCAUAUAAGCUGGAACAAACUGGGAACUUCUGGUAACAAGCAAAGGAAAAACAGAAAAGCCUUAUGAUGACAAAGCACAAGAACAAAAAAAGGUCCAACAUUUCUCCUGAAGUAUCUGCUUGGAAAGGUGGGGUACGGAGGAGAAACAAGGAAUAUAUAUAUACAAGGAAGACAGUAUAUAUACGAGAAAGACACGGAUGCUUCAGUACCACAUUGUGUCAGACGAUGGCGCUGUACUGCAAUUUUUAUACUGACAACAGAUUUUUUUUAAUAUAUAUUUUUAUUUUGUAAAAAUAAAAACCAUUUUAGGA